AUGCCAGCAGCAGGUUCAGAAUUGAGGAGAGUGACAGCCGGCGGUACAAAUAUUGGGCACCAUAUUGUCAAACGUCUAGCAGCAAAGCCAUCUCAAUUUACAGUUGAUAUCAUUGCAAGAACGUCUUCCAAGUCAAGUUUCCCCGAAGGGGUCAAGGUUCAUUAUGUCAACAAUGACACACCUCAUGAUCAAUUAGUGAAGAUACUGGUCGGACAAGAUGUCUUGAUCUCCGCUAUUGGAUUCGGGUCGAUCUCUGUCCAAAACGCACUCAUUGAAGCGGCUAUCGAGGCCAAGGUCAAGCGCUUCAUUCCUUCAGAGUAUGGUGUUAAUAACACAGCCCCUACUGCUCGGGCGCUCUCGCCUGUCUUUGAUGCUAAGGGCGGCUUCAUCGAGUACCUGCAAUCGAAGGAGUCGACCGGGUUAUCGUGGACUUCAGUGGCCACAGGGCUGUGGCUCGAUUGGACCCUGGAACCAGAUAUUUCGUUUGCUGAUAUCAACAUUAAAACUCGAACGGCUAAGCUCUGGAAUAAUGGAACCCACAAGCUUUCAUGGUCAACACUUCCCUGGGCUGCGGAAGGCAUCGCACAAAUUCUCCUUGCCGGCGAGCUGACUGCGAAUAAAGUUGUUCCUCUCCACGGCUUCGAAGCCAGCCAGAAAGAGAUCAUUAGUGCGUUACAGAAGCUUCAAAAUGUCACAUACGAUAUUGGCCACGUCGAUUCACGGGAAAUCAUCAAAAAUUCGCAAAGCUCUUGGGUUGAAAACAAGGACAUGCCAUCAGCGAUAAAGUUGGUUCAAGCUGGAUUCCUUCUUGACGGGUAUGGAAGUAAUCUCGUCACGGAAGGUGUCACCCGUCUUGGGAAUGAAUAUCUGACAUUGCCUCCCUUGACUCUUGAUGAGGUCGUGGAAGCCUCUGUGAAACAGUGGGCUUGA